GCACAACUCAAGCCAUCUCACGGCCAAGAGUUAGUGAAAGAAAAGUCUUCAUUUUCUGUUUCAAGGCCCAAGCACCUCAAACCCACUAGUGGCUAAGGAGGAACAGUGAGACGUGGCUAGUUCUAGUCCACAUUUCGUUUGUUCUCAUCAAAGAGAAAUGAGGAAUUUGAGCAGCAAAAGGAGAGAUUUUCAGGUCUUCAAAUCAAGCAGUUGUUUCUAUGAGAUCAAGGGUUUCGAGUUCAAGUCAGAUAAGGAGCUGGUGAUGAAAGUUUGUAAUGAUAGUCAAUUGAGAAACAAUGGGUUAAUUUGUGAAUGAACGGAAAGGGGAUCUGAGAUAUGCAAAAUAGAUGGAGACUGCUGUUAAUGGGAAUUGAAUGGAGAUGGUUAGAAGUGGUUGAAUCGAAUGAAAGAAAAUAAAAAGAUGGUAACUACUCGACUCUGUGUGAUGAGGUCUGAAUUGAGGGUUUCGUCCAUUGAUGGCAGUGGUGGUGAUAAAUGAUGUUGUUGAUUCGUGGCUGCAGUAUGGGUGAUAAAUUGGGGUUUGUCAGGUGCUGAAUCGCUGUAACUGGAUUCAGUCAAGAAAUCAGAGAAGCAUCAACUAUAGAAGGAACUGUUAGGUUAAGAUUUCGAUUGCUCUUGAGAAGAAUCGCUGAGCUCGUCUGGGUUUCAACGGAACAAGGAAAUGUGCUGACUUGAGUUCGAGUUAGGCUUAAUAUGGACAGGAUUUUGUGCCGGAAAGGCAAACUCAAGACUUGAUUUGCUGCCGUUAAUGUCUACUGUUGGUUUUAAGAACGCCUAGUGUUGUGAUCAGUGGAUGAAGGCCUGAGAAGACAUAAGAACAAAUUGUUUAGAAGGUCAGAGAAUGAAAAGAAGUGUUGCUGGGGAUUGUCAUUGUUGUUGUGUUCUUAGACAAAGUGACUGCAGUUCUUAUUGUUUAGGGUGGCAGAAAUUAGUGCAGUCAGCGAUGGUGUUUCCUGGGUAAGUUGUGGAUGGAAUACCAUGAAGAGAACAUGGAGAAGAAGAGAUUGUGCUAGCUGUACUGGUUGUAUGGUCUGUAACAGUGAAUGUUUGAAGAUGGAAAGUGAAGUUGGGGUCCGAGUGUUGGCUAAUUUUAUUAUGCUGCAAAGAAGAUGCUUGGAUAGUCAGUGAAUGGAGAAAGAAAGUGAGAUGAUGUGGCUAGAUAUGGGAACUGGUGCUGGUGGCCGAGAAUUAGGAGGACAGAAAGCAGAAAAUGGUGCAGUAGCUGGACGUAGGUAAUGCCUAAAUUUGGAAACUGAAGCUGGUGCUUGGAUUGGGCCUGGCGACUAUCAGCUGGGUCCAGAUUAGCUUUUCUAUAGCGCCUUUAUAUACAUCUGUGAACAGAGAAUCAGGGGAAGCCGUUUACACAGGGAAGAAACUAGGUUUAAGUUUUCUUACUUUUGCUAUGGUUUACUUGUUAUUAUCUAUAUCAUUUUUGAUGGCUUUUAAGAAAACCAUGUCUAGCUAAAUAUCUUGUUAGGGUGAAGGAUGAACUUGUAGGUUUAAUUUACUCAUGUUCUAAAACAAGGGUUUCUACAACUUUGAGCUUAAUGUCAUUUGUUUGAGUUUCUCUACAAUGAUUUAUCUUCUAUUCAAUUUCUCAUAUUCUAUGCCAGGUAUAGGCUAUUGUUAGGUUGAUAGAAAUACUCAUUGAACCUUGUUAUUGAUUGUUUUAUGAUUAUUCCAAAACUAUGUAUGUCAUGUAUACUUAGUAGUUAGUACUAUGGAUGUCUAUCUUCUAGGUUGAGAACAAACAAUCUUUUAUGAUAACUCUUUCCUAUAAAUCCUUAACGAAAUAUCUUCCUUGUGUUAGUUGCUAGAUUUGCAACUUCGCACGAGUAAAUUUGAGACCAUGUGAUAAAGCAUAAGUAAACAUAGCUUACAACGGAUUCCAUAGCCCUAAGACUUCCAUAUUCUUGAUUAUAAUCUUUAUACAAUUGCUUUAUUUACCUGUUAAUUUAUUUUCUUAGCAUAACAAUCUCUCAAAUAUUGAAUUUUGGUUAGUUAGGUCUUGAUAUUAAUUAGUAGUAGUUUCCGCACUCCUUGAGGGAACGAACCGUGCUUGUUAUUGUGUGCUAUUUUUGACACCGUGCACUUGCGGUAAAACAAAGUCAGUCUACCGACCUAUCAAAUUCUUGGCGCCGCUGCCGGGGAGUGGCCGUAAAGCACUCUCUGAUUGAUAUCAUUGAUUUUCUAGUCGUAGUUUAGUUUUUAUUUUCUGUGCAUAGUUUAUUUUCGUUUUUUUUUCUCUUUUAGAUUUCUUUUAGUUCCUUUUUACGUAGCUUGUUUGGUUAUCUUUAGGUACCUUAAUUUGAAGAGCGCAGUUGGAAUCUCUCCAAAACAGGCAGAAAAGUAAGUCUUUCGUGAAGCUUUGCAAGGUGAGUUUAGACUGAAUUCUGCAUUUUGAUAGCAUAUGCAAGAUCUACCAAGUAGUUGGGAUAGAGAACAAUUAUUCGUCUUGUUAAAGUAACCCUUUAUACAUGACGAGAAUAGAUGAUGAGGGUACGAACCCUCCGGUUAAAAGUUUGAGAGACUAUAUGUACCCAACUAGAGUCUCUCAACUCUCAUGUAUUGUUUUGCCUACCACCACAGCAACCUAUGAGAUUAGAGCAAGCACCAUUCAAGGACUUCCUAAAUUCUACGGUAAGGAGAAUGAAAAUCCUUACUACCACAUUAGAGAUUUUGAAGAAUUGUGUGGUACGAUGAAAUUUAAGGACUUAGCUGAUGAUUAUCUCAGACUUAGUUUGUUCCCUUUUUCCUUAAAGGAUAAGGCAAAAUCAUGGUUAAAUGCAUUAGCUCCUUCAUCAGUUAGUACUUGGGAUGGUAUGAUUAAUCUAUUCUUGUAUAAAUUCUUUCAUUGGCAUAAAACUAUUGCCAUACGUCAAAAGUUGAAUAGUUUUUCGCAACAAGAAGGAGAAUCUCUUUAUGAUUAUUUAGAGAGGUUCAAUGAUCUCUUGCUACAAUGUCCACACCAUGGAUUUGAUACUCCUAGGCUCACAUUGAUUCUAUAUGAGGGAUUAGAUUUCAAAACACUGACUAUGGUAGAAUUACUUUGUGGCGGUAAUUUCCCUGAUAAGACUGCCGAAGAAGGUUAUAAGUUUUUGCAUGAAGUAGCCGGAAAAACCCAAGAGUGGGAGGCUAGAGAUCCCAUAAUGACUAGUAGCAAAGGGGUUUACAGAGUUGAUAGUGACUCAGACUCUGAGGCUAAGAUUGCUGUUGUGUCACGAAGACUUGAGUUGUUAGAAAGAAAUGCUAAAAGUAAGCUUGUUGAGUCUAUUACACAUACAUCUCCUAUUACUGAUGAUUUUUCUAACCAAAGAAUUUCUACUUUGGAAGGAAGUAUGAGUUUGUUUAUGCAGGCUACUCAAAGAUCUAUGGCAAACUUAGAGCAACAACUAGGUCAUAUUACUAGCCAGUUGAAUGAGCGAGACAAGGAUCGGUUCCCGAGUCAAAUACAACUUGACCCCAAGGGUUCUUUUGAGGUAAGCACAUCUGGUGGUAAGCCGACUCAUCAUGUCCAGGCCGUCACUACUCUCAUAAGUGGACGGGUCAUUGAUAAUCAUGUUAGUGAUGCCGAGGAGAAUGUGCAAGAUAGGAGCCCGCCUGCUAUCACACAGGUUACUCCAACACAAAAAGAAACCGAGAAAGGUAAUUCUGAAAUUUCUUAUGUUCCUCGUGCACCUUUUCCUCAAGCAUUACUAACUCGUAAAAAAGGAACUAGUCCUAAUGACAUCUUAGAAGUAUUUAAACAGGUUAAAGUCAACAUUCCCCUCUUAGAUGCCAUUAAACAAAUUCCUUCUUACGCCAAGUUUCUAAGAGAUAUGUGCACUGUGAAACGAAAAUUGAAUGUACAUAAGAAAGCUUUCCUUACUGAACAGGUAAGCUCGAUUAUAACACAAAAAACUCCACCCAAAUUUAAGGAUCCAGGUUGUCCUACGAUUGCUUGCACUAUAGGAGAACAUAGGAUUGAACAUGCGUUGUUAGAUUUAGGGGCCAGUGUGAAUCUCUUGCCAUAUUCUGUGUAUGUGCAAUUAGAACUUGGUGCUUUAGAACCCAAUAAAGUUACCCUCCAAUUGGCUGAUAGGUCCAUUAAAAUCCCUAGGGGGUGGUAGAGGAUGUUCUUAUACAGGUUGAAAGUUUUGUUUAUCCCGUUGAUUUUAUUGUUUUGGAUACUCAGCCUGUUUCUAAUCCUAGUGGGCAGAUUCCUGUCAUCUUAGGUAGACCUUUUUUGGCUACCUCGAAUGCGGUUAUCAGUUGUCGAAAUGAAAUCAUGGAGCUUACUUUUGGAAAUAUGAAAAUGGAGAUAAAUGUGUUUAAGCUUUUGAAUUCAGCUUCAAUUUCUGAAACCUGUGAACAUGUAUGCAUGGUUGAUAGUGUGAAUAAUUAUACUCACUGUUACAAUGAGAAUCUCGAAAACAGGUCUAAAAACUUUGCAGGUUGUAAGGAGUUAACAAAAACUGAAUCAUCAUGGCGAACUAGUUGUUUGUGAGACUAGUAGUAGUUGUCAAGAUGCUUGUGUAAGUGUGGAACAUAUGGAUACUGGUCAGGUAAUUCACAAUAACAAAUUAGAAACGAAAAUUGUUUGCUCAGCUCCUUUUGCCAAGUCAUGUGAUCUUGUGCUCGUUGACAUUGGUAAUGCAUUGUUCCCUCUGAUAUUUAGUGAAUCCGCUGACAAUAUUUCAGCUGAUCUAAAACCUAAUUGGGAGUCUCCACUGGGAAUCAAAACUAGUAGACAUUCUGAACUUGUUGUUUAUGGGAGUGAGUUAUUUAUGGAUUCACAUAUUUUUCGGGGUGUUGAUAGUGUUUGCAGGUUCAUGUUCACAGCUAAACUGAUAUUUUGGGUUGAUCCCCAACUUUUCAGAAUUUAUCUAUAUGCUUGGCAGGUUGCUGUUGUGUGUCAUCUUCGGUUAUUUUUUUGAGAUUACUUGCUGGCGCAAGCAGGGAACAAAUAUCAUUCGCUUCGUGGGAGUCAACCCAUCAGAUUUGUUUCCUUUACUCUUAUCUUUUAUUUUUAUUUGCCUAUUGCAUAUUAGAAAAUUUUCACCUUAAAUUUUACUUUGAAUGACUCAAUUUACAUUGAGGACAAUGUAAGAUUUAAGUGUGGGGGAGUGGUUAAGUAUACAAAUUUGUGCUAGGUAUUCACAUUCAUUAGAAAUUUCAAAAAAUAAAAUAAAAAUAAAAAAUUUAUGAUAUGACCAGCUGUUGAGCGGGUCUUACAAAUUUUCUUUUGCACGACAUGACCAGCUGUUGAGCGGGUCAUUCUGAUUAUGAGUCUUGCUGUUUGGUAGACUUCUUUACACCACUGUUUAGUGGUUUGGUCUAGCUGUUUAGUGGACAUUUCUCAACCACUGUUUAGUGGUUCCGUCUUGCUGUUUAGCAGACGUCUCUCCAUAUCCAGCUGUGUAGCGGAUAUAAAUUUUUCUUGUUUUGCUCGGGACUAGCAAAAUGUAAGUGUGGGGGUAUCUGAUAAGCACGUAAGUGCUACAUUUUUACGCCCAUAUUUACAUUGGCUAGGUCUGGUUAAUUUCUAAUAAUAUUGUUUUAAGACUUUUGCAGGAAUUACAAGUGAAAUCCAUUCACCCGAUGGAUAUAUGGCCAAGUUACAAGAUAAAGAGGUGUUUCAACUCAAAGCACAACUCAAGCCAUCUCACGGCCAAGAGUUAGUGAAAGAAAAGUCUUCAUUUUCUGUUUCAAGGCCCAAGCACCUCAAACCCACUAGUGGCUAAGGAGGAACAGUGAGACGUGGCCAGUCCACAUUUCGUUUGUUCUCAUCAAAGAGAAAUGAGGAAAUUUGAGCAGCAAAAGGAGAGAUUCUCAGGUCUUCAAAUCAAGCAGUUGUUUCUAUGAGAUCAAGGGUUUCGAGUUCAAGUCAGAUAAGGAGCUGGUGAUGAAAGUUUGUAAUGAUAGUCAAUUGAGAAACAAUGGGUUAAUUUGUGAAUGAAUAGAAAGGGGAUCUGAGAUAUGCAAAAUAGAUGGAGACUGUUGUUAAUGGGAAUUGAAUGGAGAUGGUUAGAAGUGGUUGAAUCGAAUGAAAGAAAAUGAAAAGAUGGUAACUACUCGAAUCUGUGUGAUGAGGUCUGAAUUGAGGGUUUCGUCCAUUGAUGGCAGUGGUGGUGAUAAAUGAUGUUGUUGAUUCGUUGCUGCAGUUUGGGUGAUAAAUUGGGGUUUGUCAGGUGCUGAAUCGCUGUAACUGGAUUCAGUCAAGAAAUCAGAGAAUCAUCAACUAUAGAAGGAACUGUUAGGUUAAGAUUUCGAUUGCUCUUGAGAAGAAUCGCUGAGCUCGUCUGGGUUUGAACGAAACAAGGAAAUGUGCUGACUUGAGUUUGAGUUAGGCUUAAUAUGGACAGGAUUUUGUGCCGGAAAGGCAAACUAAAGACUUGAUUUGCUGCCGUUAAUGUCUACUGUUGGUUUUAAGAACACCUAAUGUUGUGAUCAGUGGAUGAAGGCCUGGGAAGACAUAAGAACAGAUUGUUUAGAAGGUCAGAGAAUGAAAAGAAGUGUUGCUGGGGAUUGUCAUUGUUGUUGUGUUCUUAGACAAAGUGACUGCAGUUCUUAUUGUUUAGGGUGGCAGAAAUUAGUGCAGUCAGCGUCGGUGUUUCCAGGGUAAGUUGUGGAUGGAAUACCAUGAAGAGAACAGGGAGAAGAAGAGAUUGUGCUAGCUGUACUGGUUGUAUGGUCUGUAACAGUGAAUGUUUGAAGAUGGAAAGUGAAGUUGGGGUCCGAGUGUUGGCUAAUUUUAUUAUGCUGCAAAGAAGAUGCUUGGAUAGUCAGUGAAUGGAGAAAGAAAGUGAGAUGAUGUGGCUAGAUAUGGGAACUGGUGCUGGUGGCCGAGAAUUAGGAGGACAGAAAGCAGAAAAUGGUGCAGUAGCUGGACGUAGGUAAUGCCUAAAUUUGGAAACUGAAGCUGGUGCUUGGAUUGGGCCUGGCGACUAUCAGCUGGGUCCAGAUUAGCUUUUCUAUAGCGCCUUUAUAUACAUCUGUGAACAGAGAAUCAGGGGAAGCCGUUUACACAGGGAAGCAACUAGGUUUAAGUUUUCUUACUUUUGCGAUGGUUUACUUGUUAUUAUCUAUAUCAUUUUUGAUGGCUUUCAAGAAAACCAUGUCUAGCUAAAUAUCUUGUUAGGGUGAAGGAUGAACUUGUAGGUUUAAUUUACUCAUGUUCUAAAAUAAGGGUUUCUACAACUUUGAGCUUAAUGUCAUUUGUUUAAGUUUCUCUACAA